GCAAAGUAUAAACAGAUAAUAGCAAAACGCAUUGUGAAGACACCCUCUGGUGAAGAAUUGCUGCUUAGAAGAGCUUAUAUUAUCAAGAUCUAUUGACUCACACAGAUAACCGAUCUGAUACUCAAUCACAAGAUUAAAAAUUGCUCUAUCGCUUGACAGGUUUGCCUUUUAGUGCGUGGAGAGUAUAUCAAACUAAUAUCAAUUCCAAGAGAACGAGAAUUCACGCUCAGUUCAUCAACUUUUAGAAGCACGAGGCUCAGACUUUUGACUCAAGAUAGCUAGCGCUUGAUCUAUUAAGAAAAAAGAGUUGUCAGAAAACACAAUGAGCACAAAUGAAGUGAAGGAGGAACCUAACUCCACCACAACGGCAGAAGACAACACCAACAAUAAAUCCGAACAAAUUGAAACCAAAAAGGAUGAAGAUACGAUAGUGCCUGACGCUGAACCAAUAAAAUCAGAGAAACGAAAGAUUGAUGAAGUUGAUGGAGCUAUUUCAAGAGAAGAUACAAUUAUUGUUCCUAUUGUGCCCCCAAAGAUUAAUUACAUCCCAUUGAAAACAGGAUUAUGCUAUGAUGUUCGUAUGCGUUAUCAUGCCAAAAUUUUCACAUCAUACUAUGAAUAUAUUGACCCACAUCCAGAAGAUCCAAGACGUAUUUACCGUAUAUAUAAAAUCCUCGCAGAAGCUGGUUUGAUCAAGGAUCCAACAUUGUCGGGUAUAGAAGAUAUUGGUGAAUUAAUGUUGAAAAUUCCAGUUCGUGAAGCUAGACCUGAAGAAAUCUUACAAGUCCAUACUGAAGAACAUUUGAGAUUUCUUGAGAGUACUGCCCAGAUGACUAAAGAGAAACUAAUGGAAGAAACUGAAAAGGGUGAUUCUGUUUAUUUCAACCAUGAUUCAUUCUUGGGAGCUAAGCUAAGUUGUGGUGGUGCCAUUGAAGCUUGUAAAGCUGUUGUGGAAGGGAAAGUUAAAAAUGCUUUGGCAGUUGUUCGUCCUCCGGGUCAUCAUGCUGAACCUGAUACACCUGGUGGUUUUUGUCUUUUUUCAAAUGUUGCAGUUGCUGCAAAAAACAUUUUGAAGAAUUAUCCGGAAUCUGUUAAAAGAAUUGUUAUUCUAGAUUGGGAUGUUCAUCAUGGUAAUGGUACUCAAAAGGCUUUUUAUGAUGAUCCAAGAGUCCUCUAUAUUUCAUUACAUAGAUAUGAACAAGGGAAAUACUAUCCAGGUACUAUAGCAGGUGCAGCAAACCAAUGUGGUGAAAGUGCAGGUGAAGGUACAAAUGUUAACAUCCCAUGGCCAGUUGGUGGUAUGGGUGAUGGUGACUAUAUUUAUUCUUUUAGAAAAGUUGUCUUACCGAUUUGUUAUGAAUUUGAUCCUGAUUUGGUUAUAAUAUCUUCAGGUUUUGAUGCUGCAGAUGGUGAUAUGAUUGGUCAAUGUCAUGUUAGUCCCGGUGCUUAUGGUCAUAUGACACAUAUGUUGAAAAGUUUAGCAAAAGGUAAUCUUUGUGUUGUUUUGGAAGGUGGAUAUAAUUUAGAUUCUAUUGCCGUUUCUGCUUUAGCGGUCGCGAAAGUUUUGAUUGGUGAACCUCCAGAUGAAUUGAAAACUAAAUUACCAAAGAAUGAAGCAGUGGAGACAAUUGAUGACGUUAUAGAAAUUCAGUCAAAAUAUUUCAAAUCGUUAAAACCUGGCCAUUCAGCAGUGGAUCAUGCUGCUCCAGUUGGUGAAGGUAACAAAAAUUUCAACUUACAAGAAGCUAUUCGUAAUCAGCAAGCACGUGACCUGUUUUCAAAUCAUAAAUUUGUUAGUUUACCUGUAUUGAAUGAUAAGCAAGAUACUUGGAAUUCAAGUGAUGAUCAAAUGUUGGCAAGCUCAGACAUUUAUGAUGCUGAUACUAUCAUAAUAGCAGUCCAUGAUCCUGCUGAAGUUUGGGCCAAAACGGAUUCACUAACAGGUUUAAUAGAUCCAAGUAGCUCUAUUAUUAUAGAUUCAACUUUGAAAUUAACAAAAUGGGCUAAAGAGCAAAACUAUGGAUUCAUUGAUGUUAAUAUUCCUGAAUCUUCACUAUCUGAUGAUAAUUACAGUGCUUUAAACUCUUCUCAAGAAGUUGUAUUAUAUUUAUGGGACAAUUAUAUUCAAUAUUUCAAGGCUACAAAAGUUAUCUUCUUUGGAUUUGGUGAAGCUUACUCAGGUAUUGUUCACUUAUUAGGUCAUCGUGAUACUCGUAAUGUUGUUAAGGCUGCUAUUGCUUACAUUGAUAGAAAACAAUUAAGACCAAUAGUACCAUUAGUUGAUGAAGCUAUGACUGAUUGGUUUUUCAAAAAUUCAUUGAUAUUCACAAGUAAAAACCAUUCAUGUUGGGGUGAUGGCUCUGAAACGAAGAAACCAAGAAAGAAGUUUGGUAGAGUUUUGAAGAGUAAUUCAGAUGGUUUGGAUAAUAUCGUGGAGGAAAGAUUUGAAGAAGGUACGGACUUUGUGCUUGAUUCCAUAGAAGAGUAUGAUGAAAGCAGUGCUUGA